GUACCCUUAACCUAAAUAUGUUAGAAUAAUAUUAUUAUUUUUAUUAAAUAUAAAUGUUUGUUUUAGGGUAAUACUUGUUCUGUUUCGCAGAAGGGCGGUCCGCCCGUAGGUGGUCGGCGGGAGAACGCGGGCGUAGAGCGUGCGGCCGCACGCGUUUCCCGCACCACACACACCCGCCCAUUCACUGUUAGCAGUAGGCAGUUCACUCGGGGGGAGUUCGAUAGACAAUGUCCGAGGACUUGGACUCGAUCAGCGAGGAAGAACGAAGCUUGUUCCGACCCUUCACAAGAGAGUCACUGGCCGCUAUCGAAGCCCGCAUAGCUGAGGAGCAUGCCAAGCAAAAGGAACUCGAGAAAAAACGAGCGGAAGGCGAGGUGCGUUACGAUGACGAGGACGAGGACGAAGGUCCUCAGCCGGACGCGACCCUGGAGCAGGGCCUGCCGCUGCCGGUGCGAAUGCAGGGCUCCUUUCCGGCGGAGGUGUCCUCCAUACCCCUCGAGGACAUCGACCCCUUCUAUCACAACCAAAGAACUUUCGUAGUUAUAAGCAAGGGUAAAGAUAUCUUCAGGUUUUCGGCCACCAACGCCCUGUGGAUAUUGGACCCUUUCAAUCCUAUAAGAAGAGUUGCGAUAUACAUUCUAGUACAUCCUUUGUUCUCGUUGUUUAUCAUUACGACAAUUCUUGUCAACUGUAUUCUUAUGAUAAUGCCUACGACCCCAACCGUCGAAAGUACUGAUUAUGUGACGAUGGGCAUAGAUCUUGGCAACUUGGCCGCUCUCAGAACGUUCAGGGUACUCCGAGCGCUGAAGACUGUGGCCAUCAUUCCGGCCAAUUGGUAUGGGGAUGGUGGGGAAUAUCCACUUUGUGGAAAUUCAUCAGGAGCUGGUUCAUGUAUAAAAGCUGGUAAGGUGUUGCGGUCAGCGGGGUCAUGGCACGUGCUAUUCUUCGUAGUGAUCAUCUUCUUGGGCUCCUUCUAUCUUGUCAACUUGAUCUUGGCCAUUGUCGCCAUGUCAUACGACGAGUUGCAGAAGAAAGCUGAAGAAGAGGAACAGGCCGAAGAGGAAGCUCUAAGGGAGGCAGAGCAGAAAGCGGCAGCGCGAGCAGACAAGGCGGAGGCCCGCGAGGCGCAUGCGCGGGAGGCGGCGGCGGCGGCGCAGGCGGCGGCCUACGCCGAGGCGCACCCCGCCAAGUCCCCGAGCGACUUCUCGUGUCAGAGCUACGAGCUGUUCGUGAACCAGGAGCGCGGCAACCAGGACGACAAUACGCGCGAGCGCAUGUCCCUCCGUAGCGACCCCUUCCAGGACUCGGUGAGCACUCAGCCCACGCACAAGCCCACCGCCACCGACCCGCACCACGACUCCGCACGCCGCCCCAGGAAGGUCAGCAUGGUCCCCCACCCUGAACGCAUAACUAAAAUCAGCCAGUUACCAUAUGGGCCACUGCGCGAGGGCUCACAGGCUUCGUUAUCCCUGCCUGGCUCGCCGUUCAAUUUGCGUCGAGGGUCGCGAGGCUCGCAUCAGAUGGCGCUGCGGCCGAACGGUCGGUCGCGGUACCCGCCGGGCGCCGACCGCAAGCCGCUGGUGCUGUCCACGUACCUGGACGCUCAAGAACACUUGCCUUACGCCGACGACUCCAAUGCCGUCACCCCCAUGUCUGAAGAGAACGGUGCUAUCAUUAUUCCAGUUUACUACGCUAAUUUAGGAUCUCGUCACUCAUCAUAUACGUCGCAUCAGUCGCGGUUGUCGUACACGUCGCAUGGCGACCUGCUGGGCGGUGGUAAGGCGCAGACCAAGGAGGCACGCCUUAGGAACCGCUCAGCGUCGAGAAACCACAGCGUGACGUCACAACCACAUGCCUACCCACUGCCCGGUCAGGACUUUUCGUUAGCGUCCAGGCCACUUAGAGAAUAUGAAAUGAGCACGACUGAAUGUACAGACGAAGCUGGGAAAGUAUUGAAACCAUCGACAGACAAUCCCUUCAUUGAAUCUUCACAACAACCAAACGUAGUGGACAUGAGAGAUGUAAUGGUAUUGAAUGAAAUCAUCGAGCAAGCUGGCCGCCAGAGUCGGGCGAGCGAUCAGAACGCGGAAGACGAUGAGGAUGGGCCCACGUUCAAGGAGAAGCUCUUGGAGUGCUUGAUGAAGGCGAUAGACUUCUUCUGUGUGUGGGACUGCUGUUGGUUGUGGCUGGAGUUUCAGAAGUACGUGGCUCUGUUGGUGUUCGAUCCGUUCGUGGAGUUGUUCAUCACCCUGUGUAUCGUAGUCAACACACUGUUCAUGGCGCUCGACCACCACGACAUGGACAAAGACAUGGAGAGGGCGCUCAAAAGUGGCAACUAUUUUUUCACUGCUACAUUCGGAAUAGAAGCCAUGUUGAAAUUAGUAGCUAUGAGCCCAAAGUUCUACUUCCAAGAAGGAUGGAACAUAUUUGACUUUAUUAUUGUGGCCUUAUCACUGUUGGAGUUGGGAUUGGAAGGAGUUCAGGGUUUGUCAGUGUUGCGUUCCUUUCGUUUGGUACUCAACCUCUUCUUGGCCCUGUUACUGUCCAAUUUUGGUUCGUCGAGUUUAUCAACACCAACCGCUGAUCAGGAUACCAAUAAAAUUGCGGAGGCCUUCAACAGAAUAUCGAGGUUCAUUGAUUGGGUGAAACGUAACGUAGCCGACGUAAUGAAGCUACUGAAGAACAAAUUGACCAAUCAAAUUGCGAUCCACGCUCCCGAGCGAGUCGACAACGAACUGGAACUCGGCACGGACCUGGACGACGCCGUAUUGUACAAAGACAAGAAACUAAAAGACCAAGUAGAAGUAGCUAUAGGUGAUGGUAUGGAAUUCACUAUACCAGGUGACAAUAAAUACAAAAAAGGAAAGAUUUUGUUAAAUAAUAUAAAUGCAAUAACAGAUAAUCAUAGAGACAACCGGUUAGAUUGUGAAUUAAAUCAUCAUGGGUACCCUAUACAGGACGAUGAUACGAUAAGUCAAAAGUCGUACGGCAGUCAUAAAAUCAGAUCAUUCAAGGAUGAAAGUCAUAAAGGUUCAGCCGAUACGAUAGAUGGUGAAGAGAAAAAAGAUGCCAGUAAAGAAGAAUUAGGAUUAGAAGAAGAAAUGAUUGAAGAAGAAGAAGAUGGGAAAUUAGAUGUAGGUCUGGGCAAAACUGACAUCAUAGUAGCAGCAGACGAAGAAGUGGUUGACGACAGUCCUGCUGACUGCUGCCCAGAACCUUGCUAUGCGAAAUUUCCAUUCCUCGCUGGCGACGACGAAUCUCCCUUCUGGCAAGGCUGGGGCAUGCUACGGUUGAAGACUUUCAAACUCAUUGAGAACACAUACUUUGAAACGGCUGUGAUUACAAUGAUUUUGCUCAGUAGUUUGGCUUUGGCUUUAGAAGACGUAAACUUACCACAUCGACCCAUCCUUCAGGACAUCUUGUAUUAUAUGGAUCGUAUCUUCACCGUCAUUUUCUUCAUUGAGAUGUUGAUCAAAUGGCUUGCCCUUGGCUUCCAAAAAUAUUUCACUAACGCGUGGUGCUGGCUCGACUUCAUCAUUGUCAUGUUGUCGCUCGUAAACCACGGCGCGGUGAUGGCGGGCGCGGACGACAUCCCGGCGUUCCGCUCGAUGCGCACGUUGCGCGCGUUGCGGCCGCUCCGCGCCGUGUCGCGCUGGGAGGGCAUGCGCGUCUCGCUUAUAAACUUCGUAGCGGCGCUUUGUGGCGCCGGCGGCAUUCAGGCGUUCAAAACGAUGAGAACGCUGCGCGCACUGCGCCCGCUCAGAGCCAUGAGCCGCAUGCAGGGCAUGAGGGUGGUGGUUAACGCGCUGGUACAGGCGAUCCCGUCCAUCUUCAACGUGUUGCUGGUCUGUCUUAUCUUCUGGCUUAUAUUUGCCAUCAUGGGUGUACAGCUGUUUGCUGGAAAGUAUUUCAAGUGCGUCGAUCUAAACCACACAACACUUAGUCACGAGAUAAUUCCGGACCGAAACGCGUGCAUCUUAGAGAACUACACAUGGGAAAACUCGCCGAUGAAUUUCGACCACGUUGGCAAGGCGUACCUUUGUCUCUUCCAAGUGGCCACUUUCAAGGGAUGGAUACAGAUUAUGAACGACGCUAUUGAUUCAAGAGAGGUGGGAAGACAACCAAUAAGAGAGACGAACAUCUACAUGUACCUAUACUUCGUAUUCUUCAUCAUAUUCGGUUCAUUCUUCACCCUCAAUCUAUUCAUCGGAGUGAUCAUCGACAACUUUAACGAACAAAAGAAGAAAGCCGGUGGAAGUCUGGAGAUGUUCAUGACUGAAGACCAGAAGAAAUAUUACAAUGCCAUGAAGAAAAUGGGUUCUAAGAAACCGUUGAAAGCUAUACCGAGGCCGAAGUGGCGACCACAAGCCAUCGUGUUUGAGAUAGUGACGGACAAGAAGUUCGACAUGAUCAUCAUGUUGUUCAUCGGUCUGAACAUGUUAACGAUGACGCUGGACCACUACCAGCAGUCUGAGACCUUCAGCACAGUGCUCGACUACCUCAACAUGAUAUUCAUCGUGAUAUUUAGUUCAGAGUGCCUACUAAAAAUGUUCGCCUUACGCUAUCAUUACUUCGUUGAGCCUUGGAACUUAUUCGACUUCGUAGUAGUCAAUUUCUCAAUUCUUAGUUUGGUAUUGAGUGAUAUUAUAGAAAAAUAUUUUGUGUCUCCGACUUUACUGAGAGUCGUGAGAGUGGCGAAGGUGGGUCGUGUGUUGCGUCUCGUGAAGGGCGCGAAAGGUAUCAGGACGUUAUUGUUCGCGUUGGCGAUGUCACUGCCGGCUCUGUUUAACAUCUGUCUGCUACUCUUCCUCGUCAUGUUCAUCUUCGCCAUCUUCGGCAUGUCAUUCUUCAUGCACGUGAAGGACAAAGGAGGUCUCGAUGACGUCUACAACUUCAAGACCUUCGUGCAGAGUAUGAUCCUGCUAUUUCAGAUGUCAACAUCAGCCGGAUGGGAUGGUGUACUGGAUGGUAUCAUCAAUGAGGAAGAGUGUGACCUGCCGGACAACGAGAGAGGUUACCCCGGCAACUGUGGCUCGGCCACCAUCGGCAUCACAUACUUGCUGUCCUACCUUGUCAUCUCCUUCCUUAUUGUUAUCAACAUGUACAUCGCCGUCAUUCUCGAGAAUUACUCACAGGCGACAGAAGACGUUCAAGAAGGUCUCACUGACGACGAUUACGACAUGUAUUACGAGAUCUGGCAGCGGUUCGACCCGGAUGGCACCCAGUACAUUCGCUACGACCAGCUGUCAGACUUUUUGGACGUGUUGGAACCGCCGCUGCAGAUCCACAAACCGAACAAGUACAAGAUUAUAUCUAUGGACAUCCCGAUAUGUCGUGGCGACAUGAUGUUCUGCGUCGAUAUCCUCGACGCACUCACGAAAGACUUCUUCGCGCGGAAAGGCAACCCCAUCGAGGAUCCCGGCGACCUGGAGGUGGGGCGGCCCGACGAGGUGGGCUACGAGCCCGUGUCGUCCACGCUGUGGCGGCAGCGCGAGGAGUACUGCGCGCGCCUCAUCCAGCACGCGUGGCGCCGCCACCGGCGCGCGCACGACGCGCCCGGCGCCGGCUCGGGUGCCGCCUCGCCGUCCGGCGCCGCCACGGCCGUGCUGCUGGACGCCGUGACGCCCAACGGGCACCGCGUGGUGCUGGGCGGCGGCGCGGCGUGGCGCGGCGAGGCGGGCCCGGCGCCGGCGCCCGUCUGA